AGCAACAGAAUUACAGAGGACCGUCCGUCGUGACUUGGAACGACGUCGUUUUCUGGGUUCCGCUUUUGAGAUCUCGAAUGGAAGGCCACCAUCUUCUUCAUUCUUCAGCUUUUUUUUUUUUUAAGUUGAAUCGAAAAGCUGCUAUGGUUGUCUAAUUCAUCUUUCUUUUUCCUCGCUCAAAGCAUAUAAUCGCUUGAGUUUGGAAAUUUAGUCAAGUGGGUACUUUUAGUUUUGAUCAAUGGACAGUAUUGGUGAAAUCCUAGAAACUCAAAUGGAAGAUACUAUUACACCUGAUAAAGAUAAACAGUUGUCUGGCUCCAACAACGGACGCAUUGCCGCGGAAAAUGGAGUUUCCGAUGGCGGCCUAUCUCAGACGGACGGUGAUGAUCAGCUUCUCCAAACGGUUAUUGAACUGAGGUUUCAGAAUGAGUACUUGAAGUCUCAAUUUGAAGGCUUUAAGAAUUUCCAGGCCGUGGAUCGCGUAUCCGAUGAGAAUGUGAAGGGAAAUGUGGAUGAAGAGGGUGUCAGGGAGCUUCGGGAGACGGUGGAAUCAUUAAAGAAACAGCUUUUGGAAGAAAAGCACAUGCGGGUCGCGACCGAGGAGGCCUUGAAGCAUCUUCAAGUGGCGCAUUCGGAGGCUGAUGCGAAGGCCCAGGAGCUCUCUGUGAAGCUUAUUGAAGCUCAGCAGAAGCUAGAUCAAGAAAUAAAAGAACGUGAGGAGAAGUACUCUGAGCUUGACUCGAAAUUUAACCGUCUUCAUAAAAGAGCCAAACAACGCAUUCAAGAUGUUCAAAAGGAGAAAGACGAUCUCGAGGCACGAUUACGUGAGGUAAAUGAAUCUGCUGAGCGAGCAUUGUCCCAACAAUCAGUAUUACAGCAAGAUCUGGAACGGACCCGGCAACAAGCAAAUGAAGCAUUGAAAGCAAUGGAUGCAGAGCGACAGCAAUUAAGAAGCGCAAACAAUAAACUCCGGGACAAUAUUGAGGAACUACGACAUUCAUUACAACCUAAAGAGAGCACUAUCGCGGCAUUGCAGCAAUCACUCCUGGAGAAGGAUCAGAUGUUGGAAGACUUGGGGGGGUCGCUACAGGCUGCUGAAGAAAAACGACAAGCUUCAAUAGCCGAAAUCUCUGCUAAACAUCAGAAGAACUUGGAAAGCUUGGAAGCCCAACUGGCUGAUGCACUGUCAGACCGAACUAAAGCAACUGAAACUAUUUCUUCACUUCAGAUGCUGGUUGCCGAGAAGGAAUCAAAGAUUGCAGAAAUGGAUGCAGCAUCAACGGGUGAAGCAGCACGACUUAGAGCUGCUGUGGAAACUGUCAGAGGAGAGAUUGCUCACUUGAAAGAUGAACACGAGAAAGAAAGGGAAAGCUGGAAAGCUACAUCUCAGGCACUCAGAACGAGAUUGGAAAUGGCUGAGAAUAACUGUGUACGUGCAGAAAUCGAAGCAGCUAAAAUGAGAAGCCAAUUGGAAUCAGAAGUAUCCUCACAAACCCAAGCGCUUAAUGCGAAGGAUGCUGAACUAGCAGCUGCCAGAAAAGAGAUCAACCGCCUUGAAACUGAAUUUUCCUCUUAUAAAGUGCGUGCCCAUGCACUUUUGCAAAAGAAGGAUGCAGAGCUGGCUGCUGCUAAAGACUCCGAGCAAGUCAAAGCUCUUGAGGAAGCACUUAAAGAGGCUGAAAAGGAAGUAUCAUUAACAUGUGCUGAAAGAGACAGAGCACUUCAAGAUCUUCAGGACGUUCUAGCUAAUCAUGAUAAAGAACUUGUAGAAAGAGAAACAGCUCUUAAUGCUUUCAAGCAGCAGAUCAAGGGUUUAGAAGCAAAGCUUGAUUCCGCUAAUGCCCGCCAUCAAUCAGAUAGAGAAGCAUGGGAAAGGAACCUUCGUAACUUAGAAGAAAUGUGGCAAUCAAGAUAUGAUGCACUGAAAGUUCAAAAUGAAGCUUCUUCUGGUGAAGAGCUAGAGAAGGAAUUAGGAGAUCUCAAGCAACAGUAUAAAAAAUUGAAGGAAGAGCACAAUUCAUUUCGCGAUCUUGCUGAUAGGAUGAUUGGGGAAAAGGACAAUGAAAUCUCUAGACUUCUAGACGAUAAUAAGAAUCUUCAACGAUCUUUGGAAUCAAGACCAAAAGCUGAUCAGAAUGACAAUUACAACACAGGCUCGCAGAAACCGGAUACAUCUGGUUUGAGCACCUCUGCUGCAGAACAACAGAUUCUGCUUUUGGCAAGGCAACAAGCCCAGAGAGAGGAGGAGCUUGCACAGUCACAACGACACAUUCUAGCACUUCAAGAAGAAAUUGAAGAGCUGGAACGUGAGAAUCGCCUCCACAGCCAACAGGAAGCCAUGUUGAAGGAAGAGCUUCGCAACAUGGACAGGACACAGAAGAGGGAAGGAGUAGAUAUGACAUAUUUGAAAAAUGUCAUCUUAAAGCUUCUUGAAACAGGUGAAGUGGAAGCUCUACUACCUGUGAUUGGAAUGCUUCUUCAAUUUAGUCCCGAAGAGAUACAGAAGUGUCAACAAGCGUAUCGAACUUCUGCAGAGGCUGUUCCCAGCCCGUCCAGUGACGCCUUGGGAUCUUCUCACUCUCUUUUCUCAAGAUUCUCGUUCACAUAGUUGCAGAAAAGAUGCAGAAGAUUCUUUGGUUGCUCAAGAUUCAAGAACUGUCUUUUACUGCAAUCCUGCUGCAGCAGAGCUGGAUCCCUGUUGCUUCAGAACUGCCUGUUGCUGCAGCAAUCUAGAUGCAGGUGCAGCAGCAAUCUAGAUGCAGGUGCAGCAGCAAAGUUAACUGCUCGGUUACCACUUUCAAAGCGGACGUGUGGGUCCAAGUAACUUGAAUUCUUUUGUAGUAUAUUAUUAUACCAUUGUUUUUGUGAAACCGCAUGAAAUUGUAAGAACCAUUUCGAAAGAGAAUUUGUAUACGGCAGCCAAGAACAUUUUGGCAGUACUCGGUAUGUUAUCCAGAAGAAGUGUCAUAAAGCUGAUUCUUUGAUUUUUGACAAUUAUUAUAAGAGUGCAGGUCAAAAUGCAUGAUUUUGAAUAGUAGUAUUUUGGGAGACUCUAGUAUUUGAACUAAGACCAACUUAGCAAGAAAGGCGAUCCG